AUGUUUCCCGUAUCUACUCCGUUGAUAGUUCUCAGUUCGCAGACACAGAGGCAAUUAGACGGUGUAAACCGAUUUUACUAUGAUGUUCAGUCUAUGCAGUUGCAAGAGUUCUCUCAGGAGUACAAGGAUUUCAUUUCCUCCGCUAAACUCUAUGAUAUUAAAACCAAUUUUCGCCUUAUUCCGAAAAAGAUAUACUAUAAUGUCCGUUAUGAGGAGUAUCUUAAUGCAGUUAAGUACACUCGUGACGCUCUUAUUAACAUAUUGUCUAACUUCAAAAACAUUAUUACUGAUGACAAAAUUUCUCAAAUUGCUGCGGUUACUCAUAGAAAUUAUCCCGCUGCUCAUGUCCUUUUUCAAUCUCUGCAAGCCGAGUUCAGGUGCGACAACUUCACCCGAGCCAGUGAGUACAUCGGAUUCUACCGAUGCCGAUUCAUUCCCUAUACCCUCUUAGCACAUGAUAACAAUUUCCAUGCUGCCACUGUUCAUGCAUCUGAUUACUCGGAAAAUGAACUACACAAAAUUGCUCCUGAUGUUGUACAUUACGAGCAUGAUGAGUUUAAACCCUCCGUUCGUCUCCGUUCUCUUCCUGAUGGUAAGGUUGAGAAGAUUCUUGAAGAUGAAAUUGUAAUUCCGCAGGAUAUUUCUGCCGAUUCCCUCUCUGUUGAAUCUCUCAACCAAGCAGGAGUUAACCUCGUUGAAGUUCCUUCAAACUUCAUAAAUCCUACCGUCGAGCAGCAGACUGCAAACGGUCUAACGAUUGUUAAUCAAAUUGUAAAUUCCGAGUACGCUGCACAUGCUGCACCUGUUCCUGAACCAUCUCCAACUCCAACUCCAACUCCUAACGAAUAA